AUGGUCGGUGCCAUUCUCCUUUCAAAGUCUGCGCAGAAUUCAGCAGGCAUUCAGACACUGCUAGAUGUACGCUCCGCUCCAGCUCUGCAUGUCAAUAGACCAUCUGACAAGCCACAGGCAGAGAAGGAAGCUCAGAAGAUUGUGCAGAAAGAUCGAACCAAACGAGUGAAGGACGCCAAGGCCGAAGCACAGAAGGAAAUCGAAGAGUAUAGGAAGAAAAAGGAAGAAGAAUUCAAGAAAUUCGAAGCCGAGCACAAGCAAGGAAACAAGAAGGCUGAAGAAGAUGCCAAUAAAGACGCAGAGGCUAAGGUCAAGGAGAUCGAAGCUGCUGGAAAGAAGUCGGGAGCCAAGGUAGUGGAGGAUCUGUUGAGAAUGAUCACGGAUGUGAGGCCUGAAGUGCCAGACAAGAUUGCGGUCAACUCAUGA